UUUUUUGGUGAAGAUGAAGCGCAUGAUGUCAAAGAAAUCUCAUUCUUGGUGGUGGGACAGUCACAUUAGUCCUAAAAACUCAAAAUGGCUGGCUGAAAACCUUGAAGAGAUGGACAAGCGUGUGAAAAGUAUGCUGAAAUUGAUUGAUGAAGAAGGUGACUCUUUUGCCAAGAAGGCUGAGAUGUACUACCAGAGGCGUCCUGAGCUGGUCGCCCAUGUGGAGGACUUCUACCGCAUGUAUCGAGCACUUGCUGAGCGGUAUGAUCAUGUCACAGGUGAAUUACGCAAGAAUAUACAAUCAGAGCUUCAGUCUCAGGGCUCCGGUAAUGUAUCAGACAUUGGUUCUGAGCCACCGUCACCAUCUGUACACUCUCCUGAGCUUAUUCCCGAAAGCAAACGAUCUCGACCCAAGGCAAGUCCUGGUAAAGCUGCAGGUUUUGACUUCUUCCUUCGCUCUGGGGGCAGCUCUGAUGUUUCCAGGAAAGAAAGUGAUCCGUCGUCAUCAUCUGAGUCUUCAGACUCUGAGUCCGAAUCUGAAAAUGGCAAAGAAAUCAAUGAACAUGAUAUCACUGAAGGUUUAAAUCAGAGGAUAGUGGAUCUGGAAAAUGAGCUCCAUGAUGUUAAGGAGAAACUUCAAGAGUAUGAAGGGAGCAGUGUUAAUGGGAAAUGUGAACAUAUGGAGAUUGAUGAAUACAACUCCAAGAUUUCAGCAUUGGAAGAAGAGCUAGCUGUUGUGAGCAAGAGGCUACGUGUUUCAGAAGCACUGAUAGUAACCCUCAAACAGAAACUUGCACAGGGCAAUGCAUCGUCAGAGGUUGAGCAUGUGGAGCUUGAUCAUGAAAGGAAGCAGGUCUUGGAGAUGAAAGAACGGAUUGCUGUGUUGGAGGCAGAGGUAACAGAUCAGAAGAAAGUGAUUGAAAAACUUGAUGGUGUGAUUGCGGAUGCCAAUAAGAAAUUUGAAGCCGAGGUAACAAACCGUGAUCACGCAAUUGAAGGCUAUAAAGCAGAAAUUGCCAAUGCAUCUGAAAGGUUCUCACAAGAGAAAUCUCACCUUGAGGCUGAUGUUGCCAAACUUACUGGUACAAUUGUCAACCUGAGAGCUGAACUCAAUAAGAUUUGUGCAAGUGAAGUCAGUGCUUCUAGUGCUGCAGAGAGAUUCUUGCAAGAAAACUCUUCACUUAAAGAGGAAAUCCUUCAUGUCUCAGAGUUGCGCACUGCCCUCGAGACAAAACUCAUAACAGUAGAGGGUGAAUUAAACCUUCUCAAGGCUGAGAAGGCAGAAGCAUCUGUUGAGAGUGAGAAGCAGAUCGAAAACUUAUACAAGUCCAUCUAUGAACUCAACGUGAAAGUUGAGAUACUAAUGUCUGUAAAAGAGAAUCUGGCAGCAAAGUUAAUUGUCUUCAGCAAAGACCUGCAAUGCCGUGACGAACGUAUAAUUGAACUUAAUAAUCAUUUGCAUGACUUGCAUUUGGAGCAUGUUAAAUUGAUCAAAGAGAUCGAAGAGGCACAAAAAACUAGUCUGGAGCUUAGGGGUAAGGUGAAGGAGCUGGAGGAGGAAGUAGAUAAGCAGAAGCUUGCUGUUUUAGAUGGCGCCGAGGGGAAAAGGGAGGCAAUACGACAACUAUGCUUCUCUCUGGAGCAUUACAGAGAUGGAUACAAGCAACUAAGGCAGGUGAUUCAGGGACACAAGAGGCACACUGUCAUGGCAGUUUGAAUUGUUGGUCAUCUUCCUUGUAAAAAUAUCUGAAUUAUGUUGGUGUAUCCUUGUAUUUCUGUUGUCUUGUCUGUGAUGAACUUUGAAGAGGAACUUUGUUGUCUUAUGAGAUAAUUCAUCUUUUAAUUUUCAAUGUCUGGAAUCAAAAUGGUUUUUCUGAUU